CUGCACAAACAUUGGUCUGUUCAAGAACAACAGCUCAAAUUCCAUUCCCGAUCUGCUCCAGGUUACUAUCCUAGCAGACACAAAUAUGGCCAAGGACAGGAAACAUGUUGUUGAAUUCCUUGACAGGGCACUAGAGGAUGGUUCCAAGCUAUCCCCAGAAGAGAAACUUUGUUCUUACAAGGGAAUUUUGUUUCCUAUUACUAUUUGCCAUCCAGAAACUUUACAAGCUCUUGAAACCUUUGAAGCCAGAAAAGAUGAUGUGAUCAUGACAGGAUAUCCUAAAUGUGGUAGUCACUGGCUUGGACAGAUCCUAAAUAACAUGUCUGUCAUAGCUGCAAAAUAUACAGAAGAGGAGAAGACAAAGAGAGCAGAACUUGAGAAGGAACUGGACAUUACUCCACGCUUAGAAUUUGGUGAUCCAAGCAAAUUCAAGAGAAUGGAAAAUCUACCUUCAAGAAGGAUUAUAAUCACUCACCUUGAUCCCAAUAUACUGCCUAAAUCUGCUUUCAAAAAUAAAGCCAAGAUACUGGUUCUGAUUAGAAAUCCGAAGGACACACUGGUGUCCUUUUUUCAUUUUAACAACAAGAUGUCCAUCUUUCCAACGAAAACAUGGGAUGAUUUUUUCACAGAUUUUAUGAAUGGGAAAGUGAGCUGGGGAUCCUACUUUGACUUUGUCAAAGAAUGGGACAAGUAUAUUGAUGAUGAAAAUGUGACAUCCCUAUGUUAUGAAGAGCUAAAAGAGAAUCCGAACUUAGAAGUGAAAAGAAUAGCUACAUUUCUUGGGUUUCCCCUGACUGAAAAAGAGAUUCAAAGCAUUGUAGAAAAGAGCAGCUUCAAAACUAUGAAACAAAGUGGACAGGAAACCCUUGGAGCAUUUGGAGAUCUUCUUUUCCGCAAAGGAUCCGUUGGUGACUGGAAAACUUUGUUCUCAGAAUCCCAGAACAAAGAAAUGGAUAGAAAAUUUGAAGAGCAUUUAGCUGGUACUAAAUUAGGAGCACGGAUAAAGUAUGACAUUUACUGCAAAACCUGAAGAGACAACCUUCACCUCUUGUUUCUUUUUAAUUUUUAAUUAAUUUUCUAAAAUAAAUCAAUACAUUUAUAAUACAUCAAACAUAUAAUAUCCAAAGUGCUUUAAUCUUUUUUCUCAUUAAUGUUGUUAUAUCUACUGUAAAUUUAUAUAUCAUUCACCACCGUGCUCUCCUCCCCCGAGCCACUUCUUUUUAUAUUUUCUGUCCAAACUUUCAUUUCCUCUUAUGGAGGUAAGAUUCCAUCCUUCUUUUUAAAUCUUCUUUCAACAAAUUUUUCCCAGACUUCAUCAGAAUCACUUUUUCAUAUUCUUCUUUUAACUUUUAACUUGCAUGUCAAUUUAUCAUUUAUUGCCAGUUUCUAUAAUUCCUUAUACAACUCCUCAAUUUGAAUAUUUAUUUGCUUUUCUAGUUCCUUGAUAUUAGCAGCCUUACUACUCUUAAUAAGUUAGAUAUCACGUCUUUCUCUUCUUUUUUCAAUUGUUUGAUAACAAAGAAAUACUAGGACUUCUAUUUUUAUAUUCAUAAUAUCUUCUAUCUCCAUUUUCAUCUUAUUUUGAUGCCUAACUCUUCUUCCCAUAUCUCCUUGAGAGUGUUGUUCUUUGUGCUGAACUGUUUCAUAAACUGUUUAUUGUAUUGGCUUUUAUGUACUUUCUCAUUCAGGUUGUUGAUACUACUUCCCAAGUAAUAAUUCACAACAUACAAAUGCAAUUAUCUAAAGAUACCUGAGAACAUGAUCUGAAUAAACCUAUUCACAGAU